UUAAAAUGAACGAUGAAUCAUAUAUUUCUGUGUGUGUGCUCGCAAACCUCACGAUGUGAAGCAUAUUACAGUGGAUACUUGCAGAGUUUUCCCAAACUAACACCUCCCCUCUCCUCCGUCUUUAAAGUGGUCUGCUCCGUCUUGCUGCCAUGUUGGAUGUACGCAUCGCUGCUGCAGCUGCUGGAGUUUCCGAAUGAAAGUUGAGCGUUUAUCCGCGUACGGACACGUAGCGACUCCUUCAUUUUUUAUUUAACACCAACACGGAGGAGUUAUUGUUCUUUCCUGAGCAAGAGCAAGCCUGGAAAACAGCUCCCCGUCCUUCUCCGCCCUCCAGCCCGGAGUCGGACUCAGCGGAGAUGAUCCGGUUGCAGGCCAUAGCAACCGGAGCCCGCAUGGAUUUUCUGUAAUUGGUAGUGUUUGCUGAGUCCGUCCGGGGAAAACUGCAUCGUUUAGUGGGGUUAACUAGAAGACUUCGGAGCCAUGAACAGCCACCAGCCGCCCCGAAGGUCCGCUAACGUCGGCUCCAUCCUCCUGACCCCGCAGGAAAACGAGUGCCUGUUCGGCUACCUGGGAAGAAAAUGCGCCACUCUGUGUUCGGCAGUGGUCCAGGUGUACUGUGCAGACCGGAGCUGCAACUGGGUGAAGAGGUGCUGUGGAGUGGCCUGUCUGGUCAAAGACAACCCACAGAGGUCCUACUUCAUCAGAGUGUUUGAUAUCAAGGAAGGGAAAACCAUGUUUGAACAAGAACUGUACCACAACUUCUCUAUCAGCAGCUCCAGAUCCUACUUCAUCAUGUUUGCAGGCGAUACCUGUCAGAUCGGUCUGAACUUCGCCAGCGAAGAGGAGGCCAAAAGAUUCAGAGCGGCAGUUAACGACCUGCUCAACCGACGACAACGCAAAACUGAGAAGAGAGGUGACCCUAAAAAUGGUCCAGCUCUGCACAUGGCCGUGGUGGACAUCAAGAACCCGGAGAUCAACAACGUCCGAUUCCACAACUCCCACAGCCACCAGCAGCCGUACCACCUCAACAACAUGCUGAGCCACAGCGGGCUAUCCCGGAAGGACAAGAAGACCAAAGGCAAGAAGAAGAAGCUGACGAAGGCUGACAUUGGCACGCCCAGCAACUUCCAGCACAUCGGUCACGUGGGCUGGGAUCCAAACACAGGUUUUGACCUCAACAACCUGGAUCCUGAACUGAAGAACCUGUUCGACAUGUGCGGCAUCUCUGAGGCUCAGCUGAAGGACCGAGAGACGUCCAAGGUCAUCUACGACUUCAUCGAGAAGAAAGGAGGGGUGGAGGCUGUCAAAAACGAACUGAGGAGGCAGGCACCCCCUCCACCUCCUAUUCGUGGCGGUCCCCCUCCUCCUCCUCCGCCCCCCCACAGCUCAGCUACACCCCCUCCUCCUCCCCCGUCAAGAGGAGGCCGGGGAGCCCCUCCUCCCCCUCCGCCGUCGAGAGCCCCUGCCUCAGCUCCUCCUCCCCCUCCCCCCACUAGACCAGGAACUCUAGGUGCCCCGCCUCCUCCACCUCCUCCCACCAGGGGAGGUCACCAGCCCCCUCCUCCUCCCCACCAUCACCAUCACCACCACCACCACCAGCCUCCCCCUCCUCCUCCUCAGUCUUCCUUGCACUCGUCCAUUGCUCCGCAAGCCCCACCCCCUCCACCUCCCCCAUUGGCCCAGCACUCUCCAGUAGGCAACGGAGGCGGCGCGGCUCCUGCUCCACCUCCUCCGCCGCCGCCUCCACCUCCCCCUCCGCCCCCAGAACUGGAUGGCGGUGGAGGCGGAGACUCCCCUCAUUCGCCAAGUCCCGGCGGGAAGUCGGCACUGCUGGAGCAGAUUAGAGGAGGAGCCCAGCUGAAGAAGGUGGAGCAGAACCACAGAGCGCCGGCUUCCGGGAUUGGACGGGACGCCCUGCUGGACCAGAUCCGACAGGGAAUCCAGCUCAAGACCGUGCCAGAUAAUCCAGAGUCCGGUCCUCCAACGCCAGCUCCCACCGCGGGCAUUGUCGGCGCUCUCAUGGAGGUGAUGCAGAAGAGGAGCAAAGCCAUCCAUUCCUCAGACGAAGACGAGGAUGACGACGAAGACGAGGACUUCGAAGACGACGACGAGUGGGACGACUAGUGAAGAUUUCUCUCCUCAACCCCGGUCCCUCCGCACCUACCGCUGACACUAAAAUAUCUUCUAAAAAUCUUCCAGCAUCUGACUAAAAUGUUGUAAAUGUUGUAUGAA